GGGGAUCACUUGGAUAUGAGUGACUCGCUCACACCGGCGCAGCUCAGGCUGUUCCUCGGAAUCACUGCGUCUCUCACGCUUAUCCUCCUUGUCCAAACGGCAUGGGCUGGCAGUACCAAAGACCAAUUACAGACUCCUCCUUCUCAGAACAUACCUAUUGCUGACACUGCUUUGUACUUGUCUGAAGAUCAGCUAAAGCUCGCUCAUGUGCUUGACAGUAAAGGCACGUUUGGAGGCAUCUAUACUGCGCCAGCUGGUCGUUCUAUUGGUAAAGGAACGUCCUUCGUUUACAACUACUGCUCUAUGCCUCAUGUUUCUCCAGAGACAUACAGCUUGCCUGAGGCGAUACGUAACAGGUCUGUUGAUGCGCGCCUCGUGCUCGUUCAAGUGAUUCAACGUCACCAUAAACGCACACCGUACAACAUCCCUGAUGCAGGCGAGCCAGUAGACUGGCAUUGUGAUGACAUUUCGCUAUUUGGAGAUGGCGAUACAAACGAUGGCCAUGCUGCGCAUAUUUAUCAGCAGACCUACACCUCGCCUCUCAAUCCAUGGUCUGCACAAGUGCGUGGAACGUGUCAAUUCCCACAACUCACGGCGGGCGGUCUGCAAGAUGCUUUGCAACAUGGUCGAGAUUUAUCAGCUGUAUACAAACAACGGCUCGGCUUAUCAAAACCACCUGCACGAGGGGAUCUAGAUCAGCAAGAUGCCUUUUUCCGAUAUUCUCGAGCAGCGUUGACACAAGCGACUGCAUCGGGUGUGUUGGGUGGUUUCUAUGGAUCUAGUCCAGUCUCUGAGAUUCCCUUGUAUGCGCAAAACAACUUGGUUGAUUCACUGGAUGGAGGCUAUCCAUGUCCUGCAGUCUCACGUCUGAGAGAUGAAAUGGAAGCGUCUGAUGCUUGGCAAGCACAUCUCACACAAACAGCUACGUUACGCCAACGACUCGAAGCUGUCUUGCAAACGAAUGCUGGUCGUUGGCAGACAGAUUUUGAUCAUUAUGCGGAUUACUUUCAGGGUAAAACAUGUCAUGGCCAACCUUUACCCUGUCAUGCGCAAAACGCAUCUUUAUGCGUAUCGCAAGAAGAUGUCGAUUCAGUCUUUCGCCUUGGAGAUUGGGAAUGGGAUUAUACCUGGCGCACCUCAUCCACUGCACGGCAACACAUCACUGCAGCGCGUGGUGUAUUGAUUGCAGAGCUAUUGGGGUUGUUGGAACGUAAAAAAGCGGGUGAGACACAGAUACGGUAUGCGCAUGUCUUUGCACAUGAUGGUGAUUUGGGACCUCUACUCGGGUCGUUGGGAGUGCCGUCGGUGCGAUGGCCUGGAAUGGGGGCGGAGAUUGUGUUUGAGCUCUAUGAAACUACAGCAGGGGUAUUCAUGGUGCGUGUGCUGUAUGGUGGACAACCGAUCGAGUCGACGCAUGGAUCGCUAUCGUGGAUAGCACUGGAUGACUUUGCAAAGAUGUGGCGAGCGUAUGUACCCGAAGAUGCAAGAGCAGUAUGUAUUUGA